AUGCGUCCAGUAGCAUCAUCAUACGGUGGACGAACACCACAAUCAGAUCAUAUAUCGUCUUCUAUGGCAGUUCCUUCGACCAGUCAAAUGAUUAGUAAUUAUCAACAACCACCUCGUGGUAAAGUUCAAGUAAAAUUACAACGCAUUCCACCUGGUACGAAAUGGAAGGAAGCUAAAAUUGAUGUUAUUGAUUCACUUUCGGCAUUUUAUGUUGAAAAUCUUGAUGAAAAAGUACAUGAAAAAUUUAUUCAUAUGUUAGAAGAUCUUCAUGAUUAUUAUAAUCGUUUAGAAGAAUCAAAUAAAUUAAUACCAUUAGAAAAUGUUUCUAUUGGUGAUUUUGGUGUAGCAAAAUAUAGUGAAGAUGAUCGAUGGUAUCGUGCACGUUUAUUAAUGUGUGAAGAACAUGAUCGUAUACGAAUUGUUUUUAUUGAUUUUGGAAAUAUUGAAAUAAAACUUAUUAAUCAAUUUUUUCCACUUGAUAAAUUAUAUACAGAUUUACCAGCACAAGCUAUUGCUUGUAGUUUAUCUGAAGCUUUUCCUCGUACACCAAAUGAUAAUGAUUCAUUAUGGCCACGAGAUACAAUUCAAACUUUUCGACAAGAAGUAGCUGAUAAAGUAGUUGAAGUUUCAUUUGCUAAUACAGAAGAAGGAACAGAACAAUGGCCAUUACAUUUUGUUAGAAUUACUGUUGGUAAUCAGACUAUAACAAAUUUAUUAAGUUUAAAACAACGUAUUGAACCAAGACCAAAUCGUUUUAUUGCUGAACAAUUAGCAUCUACUCUUACUCAUCAAGAAUAUAUUCUCUUCAAUGUACCUAUUACCGAAGAUGAAUUUGAUUGA